CGCUAUCUUGUCAUAAAUGUUGCAAGACGAGUCUCGCAUCUCCCUUUUCCUCAGCGAGCGGCACUGCCAUGCAGCGUAGCGCGGAGGAGGGCGGCGCUCCCCGGGGCUCCUGGUGCAAUUCCAGCCGGAAGGAGCUGCCGGCUGGGCGAAGGCGGCCGAGUGACUGAGCGAUGGCAAAACGUCACGUGAGCGUCCCGCGCCGGUCUGGGCUCUUGGUGGCGUCUCCUCCCUUUGCCUUCUGGCCAGUGUUGCAAGUGCGAAUAGCUGCUAUUGUGGAAGUCAUGUCCCACCAGACUGGCAUCCCAGCUAGUGAAGAAGUCAAAGAAACCUUUGCCAGAGCUAGGAAUGGCCAAUACAGGUUUUUAAAAAUAGUUAUUGAAAAUGAGCAGCUUGUUGUGGGAUGUGCUAAACAACCUGGUUCAACCUGGGAAAAGGAUUAUGAUUCCUUUAUUCUCCCUCUGCUUGAAGACAGACAACCAUGUUAUCUCCUGUACAGAUUAGAUUCUCAGAAUGCUCAAGGAUAUGAAUGGAUCUUUAUUGCAUGGUCACCAGAUCAUUCUCCUGUUCGACAAAAAAUGUUAUAUGCAGCUACUCGGGCAACUUUAAAGAAAGAAUUUGGAGGUGGACAUAUUAAAGAUGAAGUAUUUGGAACAAACAAGGAUGAUGUUUCAUUAAAUGGUUAUCAUAAAUAUUUGAUGAUUCAGUCAUCCCCUGCUCCUCUGACAACAGCUGAAGAAGAACUUCAACAAAUCAAGAUUAGUGAGGUACAAACUGAAGUCAGUGUUGAUACUAAACAUCAAACUUUGCAAGAAGUUGCACUUCCAGUAGCUCAGGAUGCCCUUCAGGCACUAAAAAAAUUGAAAAGCAAAGAGCUUAAUUAUGUACAUUUGCAAAUUGAUAUGAAGAAUGAAAUUAUUGUCCUGGCCAGUAUACUUCCAACUGAAUUAAAGGACUUGCCAAGACGAAUUCCUAAGAAUUCUGCACGAUAACAUUUCUUCCUCUACAAGCAUUCACAUGAAGGAGACUACUUAGAAUUCAUAGUUUUUAUCUACUCUAUGCCUGGUUAUAUGCGCAGUAUACAAGAAAGGAUGCUUUAUUCUAGCUGCAAGAAUCCUCUCCUAGAAAUUGCUGAAAGACAGCUAGGGAUACAAAUCAUUAGAAAGAUUGAAAUAGAUGAUGGAGAUGAACUAACUGCUGAAUUUCUCUAUGAAGAAGUCCAUCCCAAACAACAUGCACACAAACAAAGUUUUGCUAAGCCAAAAGGGGCUGUGGGAAAAAGAGGAAUCCGAAGGUUGAUCCGAGAUCCAGUUUAAACUGAAACACCUACUGACUAGACAUCUAUUGGGUAGAAAAGCAAAGCAUUAUAAUAAGAGUGGAAGAGUAUGAAUGUGUGUAAAUCUUUAUAACAAACUGCAAGCAUUCUGCAUUUUCCAAUGGUAAAUAAGUUACUUUCUAUUGCACUUAUCUGGUUAUACCACUGCAGAUCUUAAAAGGUCCAAAAACUGUGCUUGUAGCGUAUUUGUUCAAAACAAAAUACAACCUUGAGGAAUAUUCUGCCCAAGCAACAUUAAAAGUAAUAAAGAGGUGGAAAAGGAACCAGAAAAAUCAUUGAAAGUGGAGACAGGGAACAGAUAUGCAAUGUAAAUGAACAAGGAAUUAACAAGGUAGAAAUGGAAAAUAACACUCAAUGGGGUAAAGGCAUAAAGAGAGCAGAGAGGAAAAAAGGGAAAUGACAUCAAAAAAAGAAAUUAGCAAAAAUAAAGAGAAAAAUAAAGGG